UCGUGAUAGCGGUUGGUAUGGUGAGAGCGUCCCUGGCUAAGGGUAGCUACCAUAGCCUUUAUUACUCCAUUGAAAAGCCUUUGAAAUUCUUCCAAACUGGAGCCUUACUGGAGAUUUUGCACUGUGCAGUAGGAAUUGUGCCGUCUUCUGUCGUCCUGACUACUUUCCAGGUGAUGUCAAGGGUUUUUCUGAUAUGGGCAGUAACCCAUAGUGUCAAAGAGGUGCAGAGUGAAGACUGUGUCCUCCUGUUCGUCAUUGCGUGGACAGUCACAGAGAUUAUCCGUUACUCCUUUUAUACAUUCAGCCUGCUAAACCACCUGCCUUACCUCAUCAAAUGGGCCAGGUACACACUUUUCAUUGUCCUGUACCCAAUGGGCGUGUCGGGAGAGUUGCUCACCAUAUACGCCGCCUUGCCCUUUGUCAGACAGGCGGGCCUGUACUCCAUCAGUUUACCUAACAAGUACAAUUUCUCCUUCGACUAUUAUACAUUCCUAAUUCUGGUCAUGAUCUCUUACAUUCCACUUUUCCCUCAGUUAUACUUCCACAUGAUGCACCAGCGAAGAAAGGUCCUCUCGCACACUGAAGAACACAAGAAAUUUGAAUAGUUCCGGCUCUUGCCCCAAAAACGCAACAAAAACUUUUCAAUGAUCAAAAAAUGCUGCAGACUUUUUGAGUUCCCAAAUGUUUCAUAGAAAAAUAAGUUAAGAACUAUUUUUAAAUAUGGAAAAAAUAAAUAAAAACCAACCAAAACCAAAAUCCA